AUGACUCAGCGCGGUCCUGCUAUUGUAGUCAUGAACCAGUUUGCUCACAUUGGAAAGGGACAGUCAAUCCUUUCCAGUGCUCAGAUGGAACACUUUGGAAUUCAAGUUGAUGACAAAUCGUCAAAAGUUGGAGGCAAGCAACAGAUCUCCACUCCUGAUGGUUUUGUCAUCCCACUUGACAUCAAGAAUGGACUUCCGUACCUACGUAUGCGCCCUCCAACAGACCGUGAGCUGAGCAACCCGGACAUUCCCCAUGUCGUGCUCACUUCUGAUGUUGAUUGGGACCCUAGUGUUUUGGAUGUUACCAUUGAUGUGGAUGAAUGGGCCAAGUCUAUACCAGACGAUGGGUCUGAAGAAGGUGAAAGGCCAUUCGAUAGAGUAGGCAUCCUCAAGAGCAAUACAACAGUCACUACACUGAGGGAUUCUCCUGCUCUGGAUGAUGCUAUUGACUUCUUUGAAUCCCACCACUGUGUCAUGCCGACAGAUGGUUUGUAUGAAGUGCAUCCCCGACAAGCUUCAGAUCUCGAUUGGUUUGAGUGCAACAUGGCUGAGCUAUUUGAUUUAGACCCCA